AUGGCAACCACCCAAACCACUAUACCUCUACACAAUGGGAUAUCAGGAGGAAUUGACCAAGCAUACUUUGCUUAUAGCUCACAGAAGUCUGGUGGCUUGACAGUUUCUCAUUUGAGAUUUGGUCCCGAGCCUCUCAAGUCAUACUAUUCCGUCAGCAAGGCCGACUACGUCGGAUGUCACAAUACGACUUACAUAGACAUGUAUCGUAUGACUGAUCAUCUUAAGGACAAUGGUACCUUCUGCUUGAACUCGCCCUUCACUACGGUUGAGGAGUGGAACGAACAUGUACCCGCUGGUGUUCGUAAGGCACUCGCUGAAAAGAAUGCCAAGGUUUUCAACGUCGAUGCGUUCAAAGUUUCUGAGAAGUGUGGUAUGGGCCGCAUGAUUAAUGUUGUUAUGCAGGCUGUCUUCUUCAAGCUCGCUAAU